ACUGAUCCUAUUUCCCUAUGGAAAUCAGGCCUUGUGUUUGUAUCAUGUGUGGGUGCGGUCUCUUCUCAGAAGAGCUGGGGUGGGUUUUCAGGCGCGUUUCAGGAGUGUAUUUAUGAACUCCACCCGGAAUUCCUGUCUGUAUACCGACUGCCUGUACAGAACAGCACCUGUGUGACACCAACAGCACAAAUACAGAUAUCAUGGAUCUUUCAGAUGCCCUUGACUUCCCACAACAAAAUAAUCAGCAGGCAGGAGGCCCAGUAUGGCCCGGCCAACCAGCCAACCCCACCUGGCCUGGUCAGCCCGCUAACCCCACCUGGCCUGCACAGCCAAACCAACCGGCCUGGCCAGGGCAACCAUACCAACCAGCAUGGCCUGGACAGCCUGGGCAGCCUGGGCAGCCUACAGCUCCUGGGUGGCCUGGACCUGCACCACAAACCGGCCCUUAUGGUGCUCCUGGCCAAGCUCCAAGAGCACUAACUGUGCCAUUUGACCUCCCACUGCAAAGUGGAGCCUAUAACAAGAUGCUCAUCACCAUCGUUGGAGAGGUCAAACCCAAUGCUAAUAAUUUCACAGUUAAUUUAAAGAGAGGCAGCGACAUUGCGUUUCAUCUAAACCCCCGAUUCAAUGAAGGCGGAAAGCGAGCGAUUGUGCGAAACAGCAUGAUUGGUAACCAGUGGGGCAGAGAAGAGCGCGAGCUCCCCUCCUUCCCAUUUGUCCCAGGAAAGCCUUUUGAGAUGAAGAUCUUAUGCACUGACACUGAAUUCAAAGUGGCUGUGAACAAAUCGCACCUUCUGGAAUACAAACAUCGGAUCCGUGAGCUCAACCAGAUCAGAGCUCUUAGUAUCUUCAGUGAUGUCACCCUCAGCUCUGUAAAUGUGGAGACACUGCAGUGAAAUCAUACUACAGAUUCUGGCAUUGUCAAGUCUUUUAACAAUGAAAUGUGCGAUGAUCUAUUCAACCACAUGUGCAAAUUACUUCACCUCCAAUAAUCAUCAUUUUUAAACACUACGUGUGUCAAUAAGAGUUUAUAUUUCCUACAAAUGCUAGAGUGAUAUCAAUUUGCAAGCAAAUCCUGUUUUUCCUCAAUGCUGUAGUUAGCUUUGCCACCUCUAGGUGGGCCUGUUACUAUCCGAGAAGGGUUGGUUUGUCAUAAGGUUCAAUCAUGGGGUUAAAGGAAAGAAAUAUUUUACAGAAAAUUAGCUAAAUUAGAUUUAUAUUGAUACAUGAGAUAUAUGAUAUUGAAGUACCAUUGUUUAUACACUUGCAAAAUCUGCUACAUUUAUGAUGCUGCUGAGAAUAAUGGUGGUGAUCAUAGUGGGGAAUGUGAUACUGGCCAGUCAAGAAUAGUGCGUAAUUAAUGAGAAAUUAGAACUGGAUUAAAAUAGGAUCACCUUCAACUGUAAUCAGUGCCAUAGAAGGUUCUUCUUGGUUUAACGAUCCCAUGAUUAAAGAAACAACAACAGAUGUAAACACUGAGUUGUGUGCAUGUAAUUACAUUCCUCUGUGAGAUCUGUGUAUUGCACUUUUACUGCCAGCUCCUAAUAUAAAUAAAAUAACAGCAGCGUAAACUGAA